GGCAGAGGAUCCUAAUCGGGAGCAAAGGGCCCCGUAUCCUGUGAAACUUCUUUCUUCCCCGCAGACCGCAACGACCGAAAACGCCGCUACGCUACCACGGGCGCGCUCCCCUCCUCUUCGCCGUCGCCGCCUCCGCCGCCGCGGGCUCGCAUCGCCGCCCGUCCCCAGUAGCACGGUUUUUGUUCUGCUCUUCACUGGUGUGGUUGCUACUCUUUGCUCAACAAUAUGGUUUCCUUCGAGAUGAAUGACCUCAAGAAGAUUGGGCUAGGCUUGACAGGCUUUGGAGUAUUCUUCUCAUUCCUGGGAAUCAUUUUCUUCUUUGACAAGGGGCUUAUUGCAAUGGGCAAUAUUCUCUUCCUGUCAGGUUUGGGUUUGACAAUUGGUCUGAAAUCAACCAUGCAAUUCUUCACCAAGCCUAAGAAUUACAAGGGUACCAUCUCAUUUGGUGCUGGCUUUUUCCUGGUUCUCAUUGGGUGGCCCUUCUUCGGCAUGCUUUUAGAGGCAUAUGGCUUUGUUGUACUCUUCAGUGGAUUCUGGCCAACUCUUGUGGUUUUCUUGCAAAGGAUUCCUAUUAUUGGUUGGAUAUUUCAACAACCAUUUGUCACAUCGUUCCUUGACCGCUACAGAGGAAAACGGGUUCCAGUGUAGCACAGCUAUGUUUCUUAUGAUGUAGCAACUGAAGGUUUUGGGGGGUUACAACAGCAAGUGGUUCUCCCAAUGUGUAAUCCUUUUUCUCUAAAUGUUUACUUGCUGGUAGGUUUGUUCUUUUGUAAAUUACAACCCUGGACCUCCACUGAAUCGUUUGGCCAAAGACAUGCAAAUUCUACAAUGAAAUGGAUUGGAUCAUUGGAGAAACUUCUGAAGCAAGCCCCGCAUGUUGGGACAAGGUAGCAGUAGAGGAUCGCUAUUGAAAACUAAAAUAGAUUUUACAUACCCUUUAUCGUUUUGUAACAGUGCCUGGCAGUCGCAGAUAUAGAUAUUCCAGCCUUGUCGGCUUAUGCUUGAGCGUAUUGUCGCAACUUAUGCGCACUUGAUAGCUUGGAAGAAGUAAAUUUGAUGCAAUUAUCCCAACUUAUGUUCAUUUGAUAGCUUGAAGAAAGUAAAUUUGCUGCAAUUGAAAUUAAUUGUUCGUAA